CCGUUUAGAAAACGGGGCAGGCUGGGUUUUUGUGGAGUGAUUGUGCCACUGGAGAAUCACGCGCUCGUCUUCUCGCGCCUAUCGAUCUUCCCUCCUCGAUCUCCCGUGCGCGCUGCCAGUUCUUCGGUGCCGGCACGGCAAGCGGUUGAGCGCGCUGUCCGGCGGUCACGAGAUCUCUCGCCCAGGUUUUUCAGCAGGGAUCGAGGUGCAUUGUGGCGAGGGAAUCGGCGCCGCGAUGGAGAGGGAAUGAUCAGGGCAAUCGCGAGUUCGAGACUUGGGUGAUCGGAAAACCGGCAGCGUCAUGGAGGGAUCAGGCACAGGUGAUGAACCUAAGGAAGUGGUGGACGCUCCAAGGAGCAGCAAUGUGGACGACAUGGACUUGGAGGAGGAGAAUGGUGACGAGGAGUUCCAGGGAUCAGGAGAAGCUAUCGAAGUUUCGGGCGGUCAGGAGAACAGUAAUGGAGUUCACGAUGGUAUGGGGGUUUCGGAGGAAUCAAACCUUGCAAAGGAUAACGCUUGCCAUGUGAAGCCUGUGAAGGAGAGAAGAUCUGAAAAUGCCAAGAAUCCGAAGGGCACAGCCCCGGCAAAGAAGUCUUCGUCGAGCUUUAAGACUUCGGUGGCUGCUGCUAAUGCGACGACGGCAAGGCCCAAAAGCAAUCCUGUGGCUCCUUCAAAAGCUAGAAAGGAGUCGGCUGCUGACCCAGCUCCAAAGAGCUCUCGAACGACGGCGUCGGUUACAGUUCCGCAACCAUUUGCUCUGGCAACUGAUAAAAGAGCUUCACUCGGUGGCAGCAGACUGUUGCCAACUUCUACUGAAGCUCCUGCUAAACAACCUGCUAAGCCAACUCCCGUAAUACCGUCCCAGCCAAUCCGAAAGUCUCAGGUUCUUAGCAAGGUGACCACAAAACCUUCGUCUGUAAGACCAUUAAGUGUGGAAGCCUUAAAGCCCCCUCAGAAAGAGGAAGUGAGUGAUGCAAACAGCGAAGUUGGAUCUUGCACAUCGCCUGGAUUUGGCAUAAAAGACAGGAAAAAUGCCGCUGCCUCCACUUUCAGCUUCAAAUGUGAUGAACGUGCAGAAAAGCGAAAAGAGUUCUAUUCAAAGCUGGAGGAAAAGCUAAACGCCAAAGAAGCGGAGAAGUGUCAGAUUCAAGCCAAAACACAGGAGGAGAUGGAAGCUGAAAUCAAACAGCUUCGCAAGAGCCUCACUUUCAAGGCAACUCCAAUGCCGAGCUUUUACCAGGAGGCUCCUCCUCCUAAGGCUGAGCUGAGAAAGAUCCCAACGACGCGCGCAAGAUCUCCAAAGCUGGGCAGGCGAAAGAGUAUCAGCGGUGCGGAGUCCGAGAACGGCAAGCACACCGACAACGAAGACGCCAAGAAGCUAGACAACGGGCAACAAGUCAAGGAGAACGUAGUCCCGUCGAAGAAGGCGAUCAGGAAGUCGUUCUCGGGGAAGAUCUCUAGUGAGAAGGUGAAGGGCAAGGAGAAGCCAGCCAACGAGGUCCUCGGCAAUGGGACAGUUGAAGGCGUCGGGGUGCUGGAGGAAACCAAGGGAAACGGGGUGGUAGAGAGGAACGCAUCGGCAGGGACCGAAUCCGGGGGGGACGCAGAUAGUGAUACGGGAAAGGACUUCGGUCUGGAAAGCGCUCCGGAGACAGCUGACGCUCCUACAGACGCCGAUCACCAGGAUAGUGUUGUUAAUGCGACUUUAGAUAGUGUAGUGGAGCCUGCUACCGCGGCGGCACAGGAGAAGAGCGAUGGUGAGGCACCGAAGUCCAAGGCUGCGAUUGAGAAGCCGGGAUCCAAGAACUCGAGGAGGGAGGCGCGUGGCAAAGGCAGUGGGAGCUUCAAAACUAGGACAGGAUCCGGGAAGCUCGUCGGGAAGGAGAUGCUGACACCAGCGGACGUUGCCGUGAUCUCGUGACCGAAAGAUGGAAUGGAAGUUUGUGGAGUAUCUAUCGAUUCCUGCAGCUACUAGUUCUACUUUGAUCUAUCCGAAAGACGAUUAGACAAGAGCUCGGAGUUUCCAUGGUGCGUCGUGUUUUUCUUUCUAAAUUUUUCUUUCUUUCAGGUAUGGAGUCGGGGAAAUAACUCCAAAAAAAGAUUUGCAAAUGUGGGUGGUGUUUGUAGUAGUGAUUUUGGUUCUAGUUCUUUUGGUAAAUCCUCUCUUAGCUAAUGGCGCGAAGUUAUUUUAAACUUUUAUCAGUCCUUUUGGUUUAGAAAGGGUGUAAGGCAUAUACCAUAAAUAUCCAGGUUUAUGCUAGAUUAUACCUUAAUUUAUUUAGUGUUUUAAUGUUAA